CACGCACUUGAUGCUUGAUAAGAAGCGGAUAUAUACACACAGAGGGAAUGACUGGAAACGAAAACAGAGAAGGAGCAUUUAACGAAACAGCUGCCUUACAGACUGUUUGAACCAAUGGGUCUCUCACUGUCAGCUUGGUUCUGCAGCAGAGCAGAUGACAGCCUUCCCUCAUCUUCAUCAGUUUUCUCAUGUCUGGCUGUUCCCACCCCCUCUCGCCUUGCCGUCAUUCUGACCUCUUCUCCGGUCCCCUCUGAAGACACACACUCACGCUGGAGCUCAAUGCACCACUCUCCUCACUUCCUCCUGUCUGCCUGCAAACAGGAAGUGACACGCUCACCUGCCGAACUGAGCAGUGAUGGUGUGAGGGCUGAGAUGGGCGUGAAGAGUGGUCUUCAUGUGUGGGAGAUACUGUGGAGCCCAAAUCACAGAGGAAGUCAUGCUGUUAUUGGCAUUUCCAUGCAGAAUUGUCCUUUGCAGUCCUCAGGGUAUAAUGUCCUGAUUGGUGGAGACUCACUGUCCUGGGGCUGGGAACUUAAAACCAAUCAGCUCUGGCAUGCUGGUCAGAGUCUUGGACUGUACCCAGGAAAGAGGAAAAGGAGUCACUCAGAGGCUACAGAGAUACCUCUGCACAUCCCUGAGCGCAUCUUGCUGGUCCUGGACACAGAUGCAGGGACUCUGGGAUUCAUUGUAGAUGACAGCUUCCUUGGCGUUGCUUUUAGAGACCUCCCUCGUGGAGUGGAGCUGUUCCCAGCAGUGAGCAGUGUGAGAGGAGAAGCCAGCAUACGACUGCGAUAUCUGAACGGGACCACAUGUGAUCCUCCUGCUCUGAUGGCUCUGUGCAGACUGUCAAUUCAGCAGUCUUUAGGACAAGAGAGAUGGAAACAAACUGCAAAGCUGCCUCUUCCCCCUCGUAUGCAGCACUACCUGACUUCUAGUCACUAGGGUUCACUUGUACACACGCACUCACAAAAUAGGAAUGUUUUUUUAUAAUAAUCACUCAGAGUAAGAGCGUAUACCACUUUUCCUCUUGAAAUAUGAUGUAAAUAUGUGAGACUGUAUGGCAUUUCAUGUGUAUUUAUUAUCCAUGUUAUUUAAGAGUAAUAUAUUUAUGUGCAAUGUCUGCUGAGAACAUUUUUUCAACUGAAUGUAAGCUGUUUUAAAUUGUGAUAAAGGUGAAGGGACUGUGGGAAUUUUGAGUACUAUUUGACUAAGGCCAUGUAUCACCUCUGAACAUCCCUUUGUUUGUAUAUAAACUCUUACAUAUAUUUGACACUGUCAUGAUUUCUGUUCCUUAUGUUUGUCUAAAAAUCUGUAAGCAAAAAUGAAAUAAGGAGAAUUUACCAAAGUUGUAGUAGUCUUUCCUUGUUUAAAAUAUUUAAUGAGUGUUGUUAUUUUGGCCGCCUCCCUACAGUUAUGGUUACAGGUUGUCCUUUUGUCUCACACAAGCGCCGGCCAGAGAGCUUUCUGUUUUUAUGCCCCUAAGCUAUGGAACUCUCUGCCUCUGGACAUUAAAACAGCGAGCUCUCUGGGU